UUGUUAACAAACAUUUUGGAUCUCUGAACUUAAUUUUCUCUCGAGGAACACAACCAGAAAAAGAGGUCUGGUACAUCUAAACCUAGCACGUUUGAACCCCUUCGAUCCCCGACCAGUCCCAGAGACCUGACCCAGUCGUGCUACCAACAUGGCGACGAAAUCCCUAUCCGACUUUGAGCUGGAGGCUAUCAGUCCAAGUAAAGACCUUGUGAUGUUCGAAGACAUUCUAGAACACUAUGAGCCAGACCAAGAUAUAUUCGUAAUCUAUUCUCUUGGUCACUCUUACACCGCUAGCUCCAGGGAUUGGGUUGGUCUCUUUCCAUCUAACUGGACCACCACUAGGGAUUAUGUUACCUUUGAAUGGGCUCCGAAAGUACCGAGAAAUGAAAACUUCAAAGAUAUAAGAAGUGUUUUAUUUCAAGCCAAAAAUAUUCAGGUAGAGUACAAUGAUUUCACCAAGUACCAGUUCCUCUAUGUGGCUAAAGGAAACAUCGUUGUCGGUGUCAGUCCUCAGUUUAAGAUCCAUCACUGCUAUCCUGAUGAUUCUGCCCUCUUCACAUACGACGACUUCGAAGACUGCACAAAGCUUAUAUUAAAUGAUUACCCACCUUCAAAACAAAAAUGUAACAUAGAUCAAUUUGAAGUAAUUGGUUCAAGUCUUUCUGACACUGGUAUUUCAAGUGGAAGCCAUAGCAGUGAAUUUCUCUCAGUGGACAAAUUCUUCCCUAGCAACUGCAACAGCAGCGCAACCAUCCUCUCCAAAUCUGAUUUCCCAAACAUCGACUUUGACGAUUAUGUACCCGUUAAGAAAGAAAGUAGUGGUACCAUUUUCGGGAACUUAUUUGAUGACCCAGAACCAAACGAUGAUAUUGCCCCUUCUUCAAAAUCAAGCGAUUCGGAAACUCUAUUCGGUGAUCUUUUCAACGAACAUAAUAAACCCGAAGAAGGUCUUAAGCGUACGAGAGAUGCAAGCACAAUGAAUGACAUAGAAGAUUUCGGAUUGAAGUCUCUUAAGAUCGCCAAGAUGGAGUGCUCUAUAUUACCUGUAGGCCCCGUUGUAAAGGACUAUUAUAGUAAGAACGAUAAUCGAGCAGUCGUUCCCUACACGGAUAGAUCAAUUGUCGAGUACAAACCUCUAUAUUCUAUUACUAAACAAGACAAAUAUGACACACAGGAGUCUGAUCUGUUGAUGCCAGUUGCAACUACCUACUUUAGAAAAGACAAAGAUGAUUCUAAUCUCCAAAAUGAUAGUCGCAACACCAACGAGAUGAAUGCACUCCAGACUCAACGUGAGUGUCUUCAAGAAUUCUUCAAAUUAUAUGACAGAGUCCAAGGGCCAGCUAGACCCAUAUCAGUGCCUCAGUUUUACAAACAGAUGAUCAUCAACGCCAAACCACCAGCUCCAAGGAAACCCAAGAACCAUAAAAAGAAGCGCAUCUGCAAGGAAUGCAGGAAAAGGGUCUCUGAACUGAAGGCUUUGAACAAAAAAACAUCUGAUCUUGAGAAACAGUUGAGUAAAAUAAAACUUGAAGUCCAAGCUCAAGAUGAUACAUUGAAUAUAAAGACCAUACUCGCCAAUGAGCUGUCCAAACAAGUGAAGAACUUGGUAUCAGAAAACGGCAAACUGACAGCGGCAAACGAUCGGCUUUACACCAGAAAAUCAGACCUACACUACAUGGGCCAGGAGAACAGGAAAUACCUGACUGAGUUGGUGAAGGUGAAACAACAACUUGGCCACCUCCAGGACGAGAAUCUGAAGCUCCUGCAUGAGAAUGGGUGGAUGGAACAUAAACUGAAAAUCUCAUUCGAGGAAAAAGAAAGCAUUCAAGAUUCUUAUUAUCAGCUUGAGCAAAAAUUCUCGUCUCUCAAGGAGACCUAUGAAGGCCUAGAGAAACACUUGGACGAUAUCAUGUUUACUCUUUCCAAAAAGGGAUUCACGAGAUUGAUUGACACUGAAGGCAGAACAGUUGAACUUUGUGGCAGUAAGGGAACACUAAUUCAACUGGAAGGCUGGAAUCUUGCAGUUAAUAAGAAGACAGAAAGGUUCAUGUCUCGAAUCAGCGAGCUUGAGGAGAACGUUGUUGAGUUGAAAGAUGAUAGGAAGAAGCUCAAUAAACUUGUCUCUGAGAAGGAGUUGGAAGUCAAAGAAAUACAAAUUAACAUUAGGAGUGAGACAUUGAGCAGAACAAAACUUCAAUCCGAAUUGGACAAUGCUUCUAACAAACUGACUGAAAUAUCAAACAAGGAAAGUGCCCUAUCCAAGUUACUGAUAGCAGAGAAGAAGCGAAAGGGAGACUUGAUAAGGCAACAUUUGAGGCGCGAGAACCAGUUGACGGAAAGGAUCCAAAGUUUGCAACAUGCUCUGGAAUCUUCUAAACUUCUUAUUAAACAAAGGGAGAUGAAAAGGUCAAAUAAGCAGACACAGAGUGAAGCUGUUAAGGCAACUGGUGUGUCUGUUCAACGUGAACCACUCGCCAAUAUGCAGGUGGCCCUCCGUGUACCAACAGCUGUUGAUAUCUUCCGGAAAGGAGAGGAAGGACCACUUGUCCCUGAGCCACCAGUAACGUGUUGGGCAGACGCAUGUGACCAACACAACAACAAUGUCACUUCUGCAUCGUGCGUCAUUGAAAUCCCCGAAGACGAGGACGAAGCUGAUGACAAUGUUAAGAGUAUUGACAGUACUGCUGCCUCCCUUGCUGCGUCCAUUGUGCAAGCCGUUACCACCAGCGCAUUGGAGAAAUCAACUGCUGUUGCCAAAGGGGUAUCACAGGCGAUCUUUGGAAAUGGGGGAGCCAAGCCUAAGGCAGUCCAUAGACGACCAUUCUUUAGAACAUACACGGGGCAUAAGUCUUGCAUUGGAAGAGGAAACUCUACCAGCCAUUCCCCAAAGUACAUAAAACCAGGACAGGCGUCCCGUGUUAUCACUACCCAAGUGAAACCCAUGGGCGCUGGAAUUAAAAAGGAAAAAUGUCCCCAUUGCUGUGUCGUAUUUCCACUGAAUUUCGAACAGUCCAAGAUUGAUCAACAUAUUGAAAUGCAUGAGAAAUACACAUGUUGACUAGGACUGUCUGCAAUUCAAAAAGUUGUAGAUGACCUCGCGAAUGACUUUGAAAUAUGUUAUGAGGACUUUCUAGCGGAAAAGGCCAAAAACUCUUUAGAAUCCUAAAAUUUAGGAACUGAACUAUGAAGCCAAUCAUUUUGCUAACGUAACGCCUUUCCUUAAAUUAUCAAUUUGUUGUAGUAUUUAUAGGCAGAUGAGACACGUAUCUCCAUUUUCAUGGCUGUUGUACGAUGUUAAUAACAAUUCACAUUGUAAGACGUACAUUGAGCUGGACUAAUAUACUUCUCACAAUUGAAUGAAUUUGCUAAUGUUUUGUACAAGCUUUUUUUAACAAACGUAUUCAAUCUUUCUUUA